AACGACAUGGGCUCUGCUAAGGUACCUUUCUAUAGAGUGAAUGCCUCUAAUGUGGCCGGUGAAAGUGUUUACAAUGCUCCUGGUUCAUUUUCCCCUAACUUUUCAGUUACAUAUGCAGCAGUAACCCACCUCUUCAUCAAGGUGUAUAGUUCUCCACCAGGGAUCUAGCUCACAGUGUUUGCUGAAUUAUAUAAGUCAGACACCUUUCAGUGUCGUAGUCAGGUUCAGCUAACAAGAUUUUUGUUCAAAUGGUCCGUAAUCGCCCAACUCGAGCUGGUCCAUCCUCAACAGCCACUCGGAGUUAUGUUUGGCAGCCCAGGGGACAAUGUACAUUGUUAGCAGGCCGUGUUUUAAAAUAGCUGUUCGAUUAUGUGGGGAAGACUUUGUGCAUUUAUGUAAUUUGGUUUGUUGGGUAAAUGCACAGGGUUCCUUAGGACUGUUUUCGCACCCCCAUCAGGUCCAAGUCAACAACAAAUAGCUGCUGAAACCCGUCCAAGAUGGAAGUCAACAGAAUGCGAGACUUGGAUUCGGAGAAGCAACUAUGGUCAGGGCAUUGUCGUGUUUCUAGGUUAUGGCUGGGAGUGAAUGUCACGACGGACAAAGUACUCCAUUUAGACUUGAUCCUUCUGGAUUCAAAGGUAAUCCUGUUUUGUACAGCGAACCAAUGCAAAAUCUCAGCGCACCAAUGCAUUGGUGCUUCACAGAUUUUGUCGCCAAUCUCAUAACCAAACUUACGCAGAUGAAAACUGAAGUUUUCUUAACUUUGCUGUAAGGAUAUCUCGAGCGGAGGAAUGUGAAGUCGACUUACCUUAUCACUGAUCUAUUUCUGCACUUUUAGUGUGUGGAGAUUCCAGACUGGGAGCUAUAGGAAGAGGUCGAUUUGGACGUUGGGUUAUGCGAUUUGCAGCCAAGGGUUAUGCAGCCAAAAGGAAGCUCAAGUCUAUAGCUUUUUUCGCUAGGGAUUCUCAUAUUGGUGAGGAUGAAGAGAUAUGAUUAGAAGGAAUCACUGGAGAACUUGGGGAAGAUGAAGCAGAACUAUUGAGAAUCUGAGAUAGGAUUUGAAGACAGAAGGAAGUCGUUUGAUUGUUGAUGAAGGACAGUUACUGGCUUCGGCUUUAGUUCUACUAAUCCGGUCAUUCAAUCUGGUGGCUGAAGUAUUGACUCAUUCUUCUGUGGAAUGAAAAUCAAUCAGACUAUUGAAUUGGUGGCCCGAGUAUUUAUUUCCCAUUACUUUUUUACCGUUCAUAUCAUAUAACAUUUUUCAAACCCUUAGAGAUGAUAUUGCUUAUUAUAAAAGUUCAUCUCAUAUAA